AUGCAACCUUUUCAGGACAUUUACUGUGUACCAAAAACGCUAAAGUUCUUUCUGUACCUUUUUGGGGAGCGUAAUCAACCUCUGCAAGUGGAAAGAAAUAAUAGGUUAAAAAAAUGGAAACUAGCCUUGAAGUAUCAUCCUGAUAAAAAUCCAAAUGAAGGCGAGAAGUUUAAACAGAUUUCACAAGCCUAUGAAGUUCUUUCAAAUCCAGACAAGAGAAGAAUCUAUGACCAAGGUGGUGAGCAAGCUUUGAAGGAAGGAGGUGGUGGCAGUGGAUUCUCCUCACCAAUGGAUCUCUUUGACAUGUUCUUUGGGGGAGGGUUUAGUGGAGGCCGUCGACGUGAUCGUGAAAGGAAAUUCAAAGAUGUUAUUCAUCAAUUGUCUGUAACCCUUGAAGAACUUUACUGUGGUGCUGUUAGAAAACUAGCACUGCAGAAGAAUGUAAUCUGUGAAAAGUGUGAAGGACGUGGUGGAAAGAAGGGUGCCGUUCAAACUUGUCCUACUUGUCGCGGAACAGGUAUGCAGGUUCAGGUCCAACAGUUAGCCCCAGGCAUGAUCCAACAAAUUCAGACCGUGUGUACUGAGUGUCGUGGUCAACGAGAGAUCAUUGACCCUAAAGACCGUUGCAAAGUUUGCCAGGGCCGCAAAACCGUGCGCGACCGCAAAAUUCUCGAAGUCCAUGUUGACAAAGGUAUGACUGAUGGGCAAAAGAUUGUAUUUAGUGGAGAGGGUGAUCAAGAGCCUGGCUUAGAGCCUGGUGACCUUGUUAUUGUUUUGGAAGAAAAGGAACAUGAUGUAUUUAGACGUUCAGGCAAUGAUCUCAUCAUGCGAUUGAAUAUUGAACUUGUGGAAGCCCUAUGUGGUUUCCAGAAGGUUAUUCGGACUCUUGACGAAAGAGAUAUUGUGAUAACUGUAUUACCUGGUGAAGUGAUCAAGCAUGGUAAAGUUAAAUGCGUGUUAAAUGAAGGUAUGCCUAUGUACAAAAAUCCAUUUGACAAAGGCCAACUUAUCAUACAAUUCUUCGUUGAUUUUCCUAAUUGUAUUCCACCUGAAGUCAUUCCUGCUCUAGAGAACUGUCUGCCCCCACGGCCUAGGGUGGAAAUUCCUGAAUUAGCUGAGGAGUGUCAACUGAUGGACUUAGAUCCUGAGCAAGAAUCACGCCGGCGACGUGCACACCAACCUAACGCCCAUGAUGAAGAUGAUGACCAACCUGGCAUGAAUAGAGUUCAAUGUGCCACAAGCUAA